AUGGAACUGGAGUCGGGAAGAACCGAACUUGGAGCUAUGGGAGAUUCGCUUCAACCUCAAACCCCAAGUCGACACGAGAAGAGUCUAGGAUUGCUUACAACCAAAUUUGUAACUUUGCUACAAGAGGCCAAGGAUGGAGUUCUAGACCUGAAAGCAGUAAGCAUGCCUCACUCUUUGUUGUUGGCACGCGGAUGUUAAUUUACCUUGUGUGACUAGCAGCAUUGCUAGCGGCCAGCUCAUCAGUGAUACAUUGGGUCAAGUGUUUAUUCUAUUUAUGUCUAACGAGGUCAUUGAAUAGUUCAAAGCUUGUUUUAGCUACCUAGCCCUUCCUCUAAACUUACGAAAAGUUGGACGUGUGUGUUGUGAACAACAUUAGUGUGACCAACAAUAGUGCAGGAAGCCUUCAAAAUAAAAGUCGCUAUUGAAACUGAUGCAAACGGUUACUAAUAGUGGAGUCAUGCCACAAUUGGACUAGAUAAUGCUAAACAAAGUUGGAAUUUUGUACUGUGAUGUAAAUUCAACAAAAGACAAGGUAAUUUGACAACAACACAAAAAAUUCAGUUGUCACACUGGAUGCAUUAGACUUCAGACUUGCAUUGGGGGCAUACUUACAGUGCAUUCGGAAAGUAUUCAGACCCUUUGACUUCUUCCACAUUUUGUUACGUUACAGCCUUAUUCUAAAAUGGAUUAAAACAAAUAUUUCCCUCAUCAAUCUACACACAAUACCCCAUGACAAAGUAAAAACAGAUUUGUAGACAUUUUUGCUAAUUUAUAUAAAAAAUAAAUAAAUACAUACCUUAUUUACAUAAGUAUUCAGACCCUUUGCUAUAAUACUCGAAAUUGAGGUCAGGUGCAUCCUGUUUCCAUUGAUCAUCCUUGAGAUAUUUCUAUAACUUGAUUGGAGUCCACCUGCGGUAAAUUCAAUUGAUUGGACAUGAUUUGGAACGGCACACAAGAACCCGAUUGUCUUGAGUUCCUCUGUGGAGAUGGGAGAAACUUCCAGAAGGACAAACAUCUCUGCAGCACUCCACCAAUCAGGCCUUUAUGGUAGAGUGGCCAGAUGGACGCCACUCCUCAGUAAAAGGCACAUGACAGCCUGCUUGGAGUUUGCCAAAAGGCACCUAAAGGACUCUCCGACCAUGAGAAAAAAGAUUCUCUGGUCUGAUGAAACCAAGAUUGAACUCUUUGGCCUGAAUGCCUAGCGUCACUUCUGGAGGAAACCUGGCACCAUCCCUACGGUGAAGCGUGGUGGCAGCAUCAUGAUGAGGGGAUGUUUUUCAGUGGCAGGGACUGGGAGACUAGUCAGGAUCUAGGGAAAGCUGAACGGAGCUAAGUACAGAGAGAUCCUUGAUGAAAACCUGCUCCAGAGCGAUCAGGACCUCAGACUGGAGCGAAGGUUCACCUUCCAACAGGACAACGAUCCUAAGCACACAGCCAAGACAACGCAAGACUGGCUUCCGGACAACUCUCUCAAUGUACUUGAGUGUCCCAGCCAGAGCUCGGACUUGAACCCGAUCGAAUAUCUCAGCGACGCUCCCCAUCCAACCAGGCAGAGCUUGAGAGGCUCUGCAGAGAAUAAUGGGAGAAACUCCCCAAAUAGAGGUGUGCCAAGCUUGUAGUGUCAUACCCAAGAAGACUCAAGGCUGUAAUUGUUGCCCAAGGUGCUUCAACAAAGUACUGGGUAAUGGGUCUGAAUACUUAUGUAAAUGUGAUAUUUCAGUUAUUUAUUUUUAAUACAUUUGUAAAAAUUUCUAAACCUGUUUUUGCUUUGUCAUUAUGGGGUAUUGUGUGUAGAUUGAUGAGGGGGAAAAAAACAACUUAAUCCAAUUUAGAAUAAGGCUGUAACGUAACAAAAUGUGGAAAAAGUCAAGGGGUCUGAAUACUUUCCGAAUGCACUGUAUAUUGCAAUGUACAGCCUUACCUAUGGCUCUUGGGUUCAUGAAAUUUGAUAUCAGCCUACUCAGUGACACCCACAGAUUACAAUUCUAAGGAGUUUACACAAAUAUUAGCGACUUUAACUGUGGGAAAUCACCUCACAAUUCAGUCUAUUGUGCGUAUUAGACAUUCAUAUUGCAAUGUACAGCCUUACCUAUGGAUCUUGGGUCCAUUAAAUGGUACGGGACUCUGAAACCACUGCAAAAUCAGCAACAUUAAGGUCACAAGUCAAGUUAUGUGUAUUGAACAUUCAUAUUGAAAUGUAUAGCCUUACCUAUGGAUCUUGGGUCCAUGAACCAUAAGGUAGGCUGAUACCCCAUUUCAUGGACCCAAGAUCUAUAGGUAAGGCUAUACAUUGCAAUAUGAAUGGCCAAGACGCACAAUAGUCUAAAUAGUAAGGUGAUUUCCCACAGUUAAAGUCCCGCAAUAAGAGCUACGACAUUCAUAUUUGUGUAAACUGUUUAGAAUUUGUCGCUCGUGCUAAUGUUGUUCACAACGCACAUGUAAAGUUGGCUAGCCAGCUAACUUGUUCUAUUCUGCCCCCUGCAGACUCACUGAAGCAAGCAAGGCUGCACAUUGUUGUUAUGAACUGGAUUUGGUCAGCCAGCAACCUGUUACUUGUGUUCAGAAACCACAACCUGGUGUCAGACUCAGAGCAACACACACAGACUUUUAUGUUGAAUACAAAUCAAACCGCAAGUCACCAUUUAACAUGGGUUCAAUUAUGCUGACAAAACCGUGCUCUUUAUCUAGGGUAGGUCCCUGGAUGUGUUGUUUAGUUUAGUUUAGACUGGGUGUGACAGACCACAACGGAAUAGAUGUCAUCCCUAGCAGCAAUGAGGAUGAACCAUCAGUUAUCAGCACUAGCCAUAUGUUUAUUGCUGUAAGUGCUUGUUGAACACAAGCAUGAAACGACACUCCGCUAUUUGUGACUUUGCCGCUAUUUGUGACUUUGCAUCUCAUGAAUAGUGAAGCUCCCUUGAUGUUAUAUAAUCUACUAUGUAUUAGUCCUUUUGUUUCUCACGGUGGAAUUGGUCAAUGGACCCCCAAAUUGCUGUAUACACUGAUGUAUGAAUAACAUUGACCACUCUUUCGCUCCCACAGGCAGCAGACACCUUAGCUGUACGACAGAAGCGCCGCAUCUACGACAUCACCAAUGUGCUCGAAGGCAUCGGAUUGAUCGAGAAGAAGUCCAAGAACAGUAUUCAGUGGAAGUAAGUCAAGGACAUGCAGAGGAACAUGCAUUACGAGCUCUGUUAGUAAAUCUUGGGUGGCACCCCUUGCCAUUCACAAACUAUUAGCGUGUUUAAGCUGUCCUCAGAUAAUGAGCGUUCCUACCUAUGCCUAUCCCUUGACUGUUGUCUAGUCUAUGUGUGUGUUAUCUCUUUGUGAUACCUGUGUUUCCUGUCCCCAGGGGUGUUGGGCCUGGCUGUAACACACGGGAGAUAGCUGAUAAGCUCAUUGAUCUAAAGGUAGAGCUGGAUGAUCUGGACAAGAGGGAGCACGAGUUGGAUCAGCAGAGGGUCUGGGUCCAGCAGAGCAUCAAGAACGUGACGGACGACUCACAGAAUAGCCCAUAUCCUUCACUACAAUCCCUCUAUCUAGUU